UACAAAAGUUGUCUUGUUUGUGUCAUAAAAAAAAAUUAAUAAUAAAAUAAAAAUAAAAAAGCAGACCAAAGUUCAGAUUUUUCUGGGAUUUGUAAUUUUCAGUUGUUGCUGUGUUGUGGGCUUCUCAUUCUACAAACUUGCAAACAGAAUGGGAGACUCGGCUUGUCUUAUGCCUGGCUUCUCUUAUGCUUCUGCCAUACCCAACGAAGCCAAACAGAUGGGCUAUGAAUUACAGGGGAACCCAAUGCACGCUCUUGGGGAGUCAAUUUCGUUUGGGAGGUUCACGUCGGAAUCUCUGUCUUGGGAAAAAUGGUCCUCCUUUUCAUCCCACAAGCGUUACGUAGAAGAAGCCGAGAGAUAUGCGCAGCCGGGAUCAGUUGCGCAGAAGAAGGCUUUCUUCGAAGCUCAUUACAAGAGAAUUGCUGCUCAAAAAGCAGCAGCAGCAGCAUUGGUUGAUCAAGAAAAUGCUGCCAAUAACGUUGAAACUAAAUUCAGUGGAGAUGAUGCUAAUGAUUUGCAAGAACUAGGGGACGAAGUUAAGAAGCCUAUUGGAAAGAAAGAUUUAGGACUCUGUGCUGGUGACCAUGGUGCAAUUGCUGAAUCAAAUGAAGUGGAAACUGGGAAAGAUGGUUUAAAUGGUGUAAAAUAUUUCUCGGGGGAGACUCUGAUGAGGGAGAAUUCAUCUAACAAGAUUUAUAAUGUUGUGAAUCAAGAACCAGCUUCUGGAUCAGAGACUAGUGGAACACCUCAGAUGGAGAAACCUCUAUUGAAGAAUUCCGUCCAAAACGAAGAUAAUCCAUCAGUGACAAGCAAGAAAAGAUCAGCUCUUUCCUCAUUCAAGUCAUCUAUUCACCAUAAAACGUCUAAAGUUCCAUUCACACCAGCCAAGCCAAUUACUCCUCAUUUCAGGAAAGAACACAAUGUCACAAGGAAGUCUAAUGUAGACUCCUUGGAUAAAAACAAGUCAUCUCAGAAAUCUCUGCGCACGUUGAUUAAUAUGGUUCCUGAUAGAGAACCAGAUAAAGUACCAAUUCCUUCGAACGAAAGAACUGAAUGUUCAGGCGUUCCUCCAGUUUCGUCCAAGUCACGAAAAGAUUGUGAGACUCCUCUGAAGACUCCAGUUGGGGUUGCUAAAUAUGGGAUGUCGAAAUAUAACGCAGCAACGCCUCGAUCAGAAGAUAAAAGGAACAAAACACCAAUUGAUCCCUCAGCUUUAGGAAGCAAAACAAGCGGCCCAAAAUGGCACAUUUUAUCAGCCGUUUGCCCCAAGUCAUUGACGGGCCAUCGGAACAAAUUACAAUCACCUACUUUAUCCACUCCUUUUAUUCUGAGAACUGAAGAAAGAGCUGCCAGAAGAAAACAGAAACUCGAGGAAAAAUUCAAUGCUAAGGAGGCGUCAAAGGUGCAACUACAAACAAAACUAAGGGAAAAAGCAGGAAAUGAAUUUAGAAAAUUGCGUCAAAGCUUUUGCUUUAAAGCUCGUCCGCUACCUGAUUUUUACAAGGAACGAGACAUACCAAAAAAACAGAUGAAAAAGAGUUCAGUAACACAUCCAGAGGCAAUGAGAAAAAACUAUUCAGGCAAGAAGCUAAGCACUGUCUCAAUGCCACCGCCUCCUCCCCCUCCAACAUUUUCGACUAAGAAGAAUGGUACUUCCAAGAAUGUAUCGAAAAAGAAAAUUGAUUUUCUUACUUCACAACCAGAAAGGAUCAAUCAUGAGAACAAAAGCCCAAAUAUUCAGCAAUCAUGAAAACAUGUGCACGUCUUUUUAUCUUCCAGGAGAACCCUGCACAAUUAGGCAUUGUCGUUCGUGGAGGAUCUCGUCCGGUUUGGAAGAGCUAGUAAUUCUAUCGUUUGGAGUAAGCAAAGAUUGUAGUUAAAAGUUUCUUUGUGCACAAAUUUAUGUCAAAAAGUUAAUGCCUAAUUUGUAUCCGUGAAACCCCAUGUUAAUGAAAUUAUUUCGUCA